AUGGCUUCCGAAUCUGAUUCAAUCAAUUAUACCGGGCAACCGUCAGAAAAGAAUCCUGUGCCUUCCAAGGAAGUGCCUCUAGAUGAGCCUCCAGUGGAGGACACAUUCAAGACUCGCUGGGAGCGCAGUUGGCCUACCAUUGCUUGUGGUGCUGGUCUUUUCUCCGACGGUUAUCUUAAUGGCGUGAUCGGUUCUGUCAACACAAUGCUACAAAAGAUCUACCCCGACACCUACUCGAAUUCCCCUGCCCGCCAAAACGUCUCAUCUAUUACAUUCGCCGGAACCGUUGUCGGUCAGCUUGCAUUUGGAUAUUUGAGUGAUCAUUGGUCUCGAAAAUGGUCUCUGAUGAUCUCCACUGUCAUCCUAAUCAUCUUUGGUGCCUUGUGCGCGGGUGCUUAUGGAUACCAUGGCAGUCAAUACGGCUUGUUCGCAGCGUUGACAGCCUAUCGGUUUUUUCUGGGAGUUGGAAUCGGAGGCGAGUACCCAGCAGGGUCUGUCGCGGCAGCAGAGAACACCGGAGAACUCAAGGAAGGCCAUCGGAAUCGCUGGUUCAUCCUGUUUACUAAUUUUCAAAUCGACCUUGCGUAUGUCUUCUCGGCCUUCAUACCAACAAUCUUGGUCUUGAUCUUCACUGAGGAUCAUCUGCGCGCUGCCUGGCGUGUAGCCUUGGGUUUGGGUGUCAUCCCACCGCUCAGUUUGUUCUAUCUGCGACUGAAAUUGGGCGAACCAGAAGAAUUCAAGCGUGAGCGUAUGCGCAAGUUUCCUUUUUGGUUAAUUAUCAAGUUCUAUUGGAAGCGCCUGACCGUUGUUUCGUUAAUUUGGUUUAUUUACGAUUUCUCUUCUUAUUCCUUCGGCAUAUACUCCUCCGAAUGGGUGUCAAUCAUUCUAGGAAACGACACCGCGAUGUGGAAGAGCUUUGGCUGGAGUACGGUGGUUUAUCUCUUCUAUAUCCCCGGUUCUUUCGCUGGAGCUUUUGUAAGUGACUGGAUCGGUCCUCGGAACACCGUGGCCAUUGGUGUCGGGCUCCAAGGUAUUAUUGGAUUCAUUAUGGCGGGUUGUUAUGAAUGGCUUGCGACAUCCAAGAACGUUGCGGCAUUUGUGGUGGUCUAUGGUAUCUUCUCAGCCCUUGGUGAGAUGGGACCAGGCGAUAACAUUGGACUCUGCGCGGCAAAGAGCAGCGCCACUGCGAUCCGAGGUCAGUAUUACGGCAUUGCUGCCGCUGCCGGCAAAAUAGGCGCAUUCGUGGGCACCUAUGUGUUUCCAAUCAUUCAAAAGAAUGCCCCAAACAAAAUCCGCUAUGGCCAGGAUCCCUUCUUCGUGUCGAGCUCCCUGUGCAUUUUCAGCGCUGCACUGGCCUACUUCCUCCUACCGCAAAUUGGACAGGACACAAUUACGCACGAAGACGAAAAAUUCCGUGAAUACCUCGAAGCCAAUGGAUACGAUACCGGAACCAUGGGCAACAGGGAGCAGAUAUAG